AUGAAGCAGAAAGGACGGGGCGCUGAGUUUAUGAUGCUCUCUGGUAGGAAGGUAGCAACUUCUUUAUGUUUAUUGCAUUUUGGAUUGCAUGAAGAUUGCUUGUAUUCCGUAGGAGAUUCAUCAGCCCAUGGUCUCACAGAUGAUCACGGUUCACCUAAAGUCUUAAAAGCCAUGUCUGUGGUUGCAAGUGAAGCCCACAAAGUGUUUCCAGACAUUCCAAUUUUUCCUGCAAUUGGCAACAAUGACUUCCCCGGACAUUAUGUUUUACUGAACAAUACCAAUUGGUACAAAACAGUUUUGUCUUACUGGGCCUCACUCAUUUUGUGCUCAGAUUGUCCCAGGAACGUGGAAAGACCUACAACAAUAGAGGAAUUGACGAAAACGUUUCUAGAGGACGGUUAUUAUAAAGUCAACAUUGCUGGUGGAAAAAUGAUAUUACUUGUGCUGAAUACCAUGUACUGGAAUAACAACAGAUAUACUAAUGAUCUUGUUGAGCAGGUCGCUGAAACACAAAUGCUGUGGCUCAAAGAUCAACUUCAACUUGCCAAAGACCAAAGGAAAAGAGUCCUUAUCAUGAGCCACAUCCCGCCUGGAGGCGACCCAUUUGAUGAUUCCUUCUUCUGGUAUAUACGAUACGUAAUCUCUUAUGCGAGUCUAACAGCCGGACAAUUUCAUGAUAUAGUGGCAGGCCAGUUUUAUGGUCAUACGCACAAAAACGACUUCCAUCUUCAAAUAAUGAACACUGCAAGUGAUGAAGCAGAACUAUCUUCCACCAAAUCCUUCGUUCUACAAGUUGCCUCAGUAUCACCAAUCUACUCUAACAAUCCAACAUUCAGAAUUAUGUCUUUGGACACAAGAAAACGAGCUCUUGUUGACCAUGAUCAGUAUUACCUCGACUUGAUUCUCGUUACAGAAUUUGCACAUCCUGUGUGGAAGAGUGAUUCCACAUUUAGCAGAAAGUAUCCAUCAAAAAACAAGUUAAUCGACGCAGACAGAAUAAAUGAACUGAAACGUAAGCUGAUCAGCCAAACUGAAGGAAGAUAUUGGAAUGAAUACAUGCCUUCGACAACCUCACACUACCAGCUGGGUUCAUAUGAUCGGUUUGCACUCUAUUGUGUCAUGAGAUAUGUCUUUGAAGAAGAUUUUAAGAAAUGCCUUGAAAAAUUCAAAGUGCCUGGUGGCUAG